CCAGACUGGCUCCGAGCUUUUAUUUUGAAGUCUUGCCCCGCUACGCCGGAAGUGUGCGUACGGCGGCUCGCAGGACUCGGUCCGCCUCCAGGUCAUCAUGGGAGACUCCGUGUGCGAAGAACUCGAGGACCUGGUCCACUUCUCCGUCCCAGACCUGCCCGCGAGAGGCUACGUCGUGAUGGAGGAGAUUCGACGUCAAGGCAAGCUGUGUGACGUCACUCUCAAGGUCGGGGAGCAUAAGUUCAGCGCUCACCGGAUCGUCCUCGCCGCCUCCAUCCCGUAUUUCCACGCCAUGUUCACCAACGACAUGGUGGAGCGCAAGCAGGAUGAGAUCCUGAUGCAGGGCAUGGACCCCAGCGCCCUGGAGGCUCUGAUUAACUUUGCCUACAGCGGCCGCGUCGCCAUCGACCAGCAGAACGUCCAGGCGCUGCUGAUUGGCUCCAGCUUCCUGCAGCUGCAGAACGUGAAGGACGCCUGCUGCUCCUUCCUGCAGGAGAGGCUGCACCCCAAGAACUGCCUGGGCGUGCGUCAGUUCGCGGAGGCCAUGAUGUGCACGGCACUGUACGACGCGGCCAACGGCUUCCUGCAGCGCCACUUCGUGGAGGCGGCGCUGUCCGAGGAGUUCCUGGCGCUGCGGGCCGAGGAGGUUCUGGAGCUGAUGGGCUGCAACGAGCUCAACGUCAAGGCCGAGGAGCAGGUGUUUGAGGCGGCUCUGGCUUGGGUCCACCACGACCGGGACCGGAGGAAGACUCUGCUGCCGGAGCUGCUGGCCAAGAUCCGGCUUCCUCUCUGCCAGCCGCGCUUCCUGUCCGACCGCGUCCAGCAGGACGAGCUGAUCCGCUGCUGCCACAGGUGCAGGGACCUGGUGGAUGAGGCCAAAGACUUCCACCUGGUCCUGGAGCGCCGCCCUCACCUGCCUUCCUUUAAGACGCGCCCGCGGUGCUGCACCUCUGUCUCGGGGCUCAUCUACGCCGUGGGCGGCCUCAACAGCUCAGGUGACUCCUUGAACCUGGUGGAGGUGUUUGACCCGGUGGGGAACUUCUGGGAGCGCUGCCAGCCAAUGAGGACGGCCCGCAGUCGAGUGGGAGUGGCCGUCGUUAACGGCCUGCUGUACGCCAUCGGCGGAUACGACGGCCAAUCGCGGCUCAGCACGGUGGAGGUCUACAACCCGGAGACGGACGGCUGGACUCAGGUGUCCAGCAUGAACAGCCAGCGCAGCGCCAUGGGAACCGUGGUCAUCGACGGCCAUAUUUACGUCUGCGGUGGAUACGACGGGAAAUCCUCUCUGAACUCUGUGGAAUGUUACUCUCCAGAAACCGACAGGUGGAGCGUGGUGACGGAAAUGAGCGUGAGUCGCAGCGCCACCGGCGUCACCGUGUUCGACGGGCGAAUCUUUGUGUCGGGCGGCCAUGACGGCCUGCAGAUCUUCAACACGGUGGAGUACUACAACCACCACACGGACCGUUGGCACCCGGCGCCGGCCAUGCUCAACAAGCGCUGCCGCCACGGCGCCGCCGCGCUCGGCAACCACAUGUACGUCGCCGGCGGCUACGACGGCUCCGGCUUUCUGAGCGGCGUGGAGGUUCUGGCCGGCGUGUCGGGCCAGUGGAGCCUCCUGGUGGCCAUGAACACGCGGCGCAGCCGGGUGUCGCUGGUGUCGACAGCGGGCCGGCUGUACGCCGUGGGCGGCUACGACGGCCAGUCCAACCUCAGCUCGGUGGAGAUGCUGAAUCCCGACACCAACCGCUGGGUGUUCAUGGCGCCCAUGGCGAGUCACGAGGGCGGCGUCGGCGUCGGCUGCGUCCUGCUGCAGCCCGCCUAGGAGGGGGCGGGGCCUCCGGCGCUGACCAGAGCUUCUCGGUAGGACGGAGAGGCUCGCCUCCCUCGGCAUUCUGGGAAAAACUGUAGAGCUUCCAGCGGCUGCUACAAUUAAUUACUGGCUUCUGAUUGGUCAGAGGGAGUCCCAUAGAGCUGCUAGCUGUAGGGACAGCACCUGGAGGGGCGGGGCUUCCGGUUUAGGGGCGGGGCUUCAUGACCUGCAUGGGGUGGAGUCACAGAGCCCAAUGACGGAGGAGGCGGAGCUUCAGGGACAUCAGGUGGUGGAGGUGACAUCAUCAGCACCUGGUCAGGUGCUUCCAGGACGUUUCCAGGUGACAGACGCUGGUUUACCUGCGCGAGCACAGCUCAGUGCGCUCAUGUUGUUCAGAUAAUUUAAUAUAAAUAAUUUAUUCA